AUGAGGUCAGAGACCAUGGGUAUAGGUGAUAAGAUACAUGGUUGGUUUGUAAAGCCCCAGGUAUUGGAACCCAGAACGGUUUAUUUCAAUCAACCUUUACCAGAAAGUGAAAUAGACCCAAAGCAUCAUAGACCUAUAAAGACAUACGACAAGAAUGAAAUCAGAACAACAAAAUAUACACCUUUCUCAUUCUUGCCUAAGAAUUUGUUUUUCCAAUUUCAAAAUAUUGCAAAUGUUUAUUUCUUAUUUUUAAUUAUUUUGGGUGCUUUUCAAAUUUUUGGUGUUCAAUCACCUGGUUUAGCUGCAGUUCCAUUAUGUGUUAUUGUGGUGAUUACUGCCAUCAAGGAUGCAUUUGAAGAUUCAAGAAGAACAAUUAGUGAUUUAGAAGUUAAUAAUAACCCAGUUUCUGUACUUGCGGGGAUUCAUAAUCAUAAUGUUGAUGAAACUAAUUUAUCAUUACGUUCAAAAUUUAAUAAUUUUAAUGCAUCAAUAUUUGUUAAUAUUGUCAAUUUUUUUGCUAAAUUAUUUAGAAAACAACAAGUUAUUGAAACAACAACAGGCCCACGAAUGUCUUUGGAAACUGUUCGUUCAUCUUUAAGAGCAAGUUUAGAUACUAAUACAAAUGAUAUUCCAAAUGAUUUACAUGAAAGAUUGAAUACCAAAAAUGCUAAUAUUCCACAAACAAGCUUCAAGAAAAGUUUUUGGAAAAACCUUAAAGUUGGUGAUAUUGUUAGACUUCGUAAUAAUGAAGAAGCACCAGCUGAUAUUGUUGUUCUUUCAACUUCUGAUAUAGAUAACAGAUGUUUUAUCGAAACUAAAAACUUGGAUGGUGAGACCAAUUUAAAAUCUCGUGAAGGUUUAAGAGAAACUCAUGGAAUUAGACAUUCAAGAGAUUUAACUCAAUUAAAAUUUCAACUGAAUAGUGAAGCUCCAAGUAUGAAUUUAUAUAAUUAUCAAGCUUCUUUGAAAAUUAAUAAUGGUCUUGAUUCAGAUUCAGAAAAAGACAAUGAAGUUGAAGAAUCCGUUAAUAUCAAUAAUAUGCUUUUAAGAGGCUCUACAUUAAGAAAUACUAAAUGGGCUAUUGGUAUUGUGGUUUUCACAGGUCAUGAAACCAAGAUUAUGUUAAAUUCUGGUAUUACCCCAACCAAGAAAUCAAGAAUAUCUAAAGAAUUAAAUUUAUCAGUUUUGAUCAAUUUUGCAUUAUUAUUCAUCUUAUGUUUGAUCUCAGGUGUUAUCAAUGGUGUUUUUUAUGAUAAAAGUAACACUUCUUUCAAAUUUUUUGAAUUUAAAGCUUAUGGUAGUACACCAGCUAUUAAUGGUAUAAUUUCAUUUUUCGUUGCUGUUAUUCUUUUCCAAUCAUUAGUUCCAAUUUCAUUAUAUAUUUCUGUGGAAAUUGUUAAAACCUUGCAAGCUUUAUUCAUUUAUUGUGAUGUUAAAAUGUAUUAUGAAAAAUUGGAUUAUCCAUGUACACCAAAAUCAUGGAAUAUUUCAGAUGAUUUAGGUCAAAUUGAAUAUAUUUUCAGUGAUAAAACAGGUACACUGACUCAAAACGUUAUGGAGUUUAAAAAAGCCACUAUCAAUGGUAAAUCUUAUGGGUUAGCAUAUACUGAAGCUCAACAAGGUAUGGAUAAAAGGAAAGGUGUUGAUGUAACACAAGCUUCACGUAAAUGGGGGAAAGCUAUUGAAGAUGAUAGACAACAAAUGAUUGAUAUUUUAAGUAAAUCAGAAAACCCACAUUUUAAUCCAGAAUCGUUAACUUUUAUUUCAAGUGAAUAUUUAACAGAUUUAUUGAAUAUAGAAAAUAAAGCACAAAGUGAAGCUAAUGAUCGUUUUAUGUUAUGUUUAUCAUUAUGUCAUACAGUAAUGACUGAACCAUUAAAAGAAGAUCCAUCAAAAUUUGAAUUCAAAGCUGAAUCUCCAGAUGAAGCUGCUUUAGUUCAAGCUGCUAGUGAUGUUGGUUAUACAUUCACUAAAAGAACUAGAAAUGGUGGUAUUGUUAAUAUUCAAGGAACUGAAAAAUCUUUUGAUAUUUUAAAAGUUUUAGAAUUUAAUUCAACAAGAAAAAGAAUGAGUGUUAUUGCUCAAUUAGAUGAUGAAAUUCAUAUAAUUAGUAAAGGUGCAGAUUCUGUUAUUUUUGAACGUUUAGAUCCAAAUAAAAAUGAUAAAGAAUUAUUGAAUACAACAGCUGAACAUCUUGAAGAAUAUGCAAGUGAAGGUUUAAGAACUUUAUGUGUUGCUGGUCGUACAAUUCCACCAGAAGAAUUUACAACAUGGGAAAAAAAUUAUGAUGCAGCUUCAUCCUCGUUAGAAGAUAGAGAGGAAAAAAUGGAAGCUUUAGCAAGUGAAAUUGAAUCAAAUUUGAUCCUACUUGGUGGUACUGCUAUUGAAGAUCGUUUACAAAUUGGUGUUCCAGAAUCUAUUGAAACUUUAUCAAAAGCUGGUAUUAAACUUUGGGUUUUAACUGGUGAUAAAAUUGAAACUGCUAUUAAUAUCGGGUUUUCAUGUAAUUUACUUGGUAAUGAUAUGAAUUUAUUAGUUAUUCGUCCAGAAGAAGGUAAAGAUCCAGUACAAGAUAUUGGAUCUAAAUUAGAUGAAAAUUUAAAAAAAUUCAACCUAACAGGUUCAUUAGAUGAAUUAAAAGCUGCUAGAGAGGAUCAUUCAAUUCCAAAAGGUCAAUUUGCAGUUAUUGUUGAUGGUGAUGCAUUAAGAACAAUUUUUGAUGAUGCAGAUUUACAAAGAAAGUUCUUAUUGUUAUGUAAACAAUGUAAAUCAGUUUUAUGUUGUCGUGUUUCACCAGCUCAAAAAGCUCAAGUUGUUAAAUUAGUUAGAGAUUCGUUAGAUGUUAUGACUUUAUCCAUUGGUGAUGGUGCCAAUGAUGUUGCUAUGAUUCAAACAGCUAAUGUUGGUGUCGGUAUUGUUGGUGAAGAAGGUAGACAAGCUGCAAUGUCUUCAGAUUAUGCUAUUGGACAAUUUAGAUUUUUGACAAGAUUAGUUUUAGUUCAUGGUAGAUGGUCAUAUAAACGUUUAGCAGAAAUGAUUCCAUCUUUCUUCUAUAAGAAUAUUCAAUUCACAAUGACAUUAUUUUGGUUUGGUAUUUUCAAUGAUUAUGAUGGUUCUUAUUUAUUUGAAUAUACUUAUAUUAUGUUUUAUAAUUUAGCUUUCACAUCACUUCCUGUGAUCUUUUUAGCUGUUUUUGAUCAAGAUGUUUCGGAUGAUAUUAGUUUAAGAGUUCCACAAUUAUACAUGUCUGGUAUAUUAAGACAAGAAUGGUCACAAUAUAAAUUUAUCUAUUAUAUGCUUGAUGGUUUAUAUCAAUCAGUGAUUACUUUCUUUUUCCCAUACUUGAUUUUUUAUCAAGGUCAUAUUGCAUCAUAUAAUGGAUUAAAUGUUGAUCAUAGAUUUUGGAUUGGUGUUUACGUUACUGCUAUUUCCGUUACAUCUGUUGAUAUUUAUGUUUUAUUAAGACAAUAUAGAUGGGAUUGGUUAACAUUAUUAAUUGAUUCAUUAUCUGUCUUGGUGGUUUUCUUCUGGUCUGGUGUUUGGUCAUCAUCAACAUUUUCUGGUGAAUUUUAUAAAUCAGCAGCACAAGUUUUUGGACAAACUUCAUUUUGGGCAUGUUACUUUGUUGGUACCUUAUUAUGUGUUUUACCGAGAUUUGUUUUCACUACAUUGAAUACCUUUUACAGACCAAGAGAUAUUGAUAUCAUUAGAGAAUGUGCAGUUAGAGGUGAUUUCAAUAAAGAUGAACCAUUCAGUGCUUCUCAAAGUGAUGAAGAGAAAGAAAUUUCUAAUGAAUCUUCACAAAUAACAACUAGAAACUCAUUAGAUAGAGUUCAUACAACACACGAAUUACCAGGAUUGACACAAGCACAAUCGCUAGUCAGAUCCGUUACCCAUGCAUCAUCAGUAAGACAUGAUUGA